CACAUCCGAGUUUUUCCUCUCACCUUUCACUGGCUCUCCAAACCUCUUGGUCUCCAUACAGAAUUACUCCCAGCCAGUGCGCACAAUUGGUUUGUCAUAGUCGCACACAGCUCAGUCUCUUUUUUCUUCUUCUGGGGACCCAAACAACUUAGAUUUUUUUAUCCCCCUGCGGAGCUUUUCUUACCAGAUUCUCACCACCACCGCGUCUCGUUUUCCCCUCAAAUUGUUCUGGAUACUCUGUUUUUGUUUUUUUUGUUUUUUUUUCGUGUGGCGAAGGGCUGCUGGCAUUUUGUUCCUUCUUCUUCUUUCGUGCUCUUUCCAGCUUCAUGGGACGUGAUGUAGCCCCCGCAAAGAAGGACGCCUUGUGCCAUAAAGGGAUGUAAAAAACCCGGGGGGGACAGUACCAGUGGAUACAAGCGUUUCUCCCGAGAUCAUCACCGGAUUGUGGAGCCACAGCAGCAUAAAGGCGAUUUUUUUCAUUUAUUUAUUUUUUUCUUAUUUUAUUUUAAAACCAGGAUAUUCAUCGGAGCACUUUGGAUUCGUGGUUCUCUCUCCUCGACCUCCUAUCAAGUCCCAAUUCCUCACCUCCCCGGUGCGUAAGGAACGGCUUACCCGACGACCUGAGAGACAGUUCCGAGAGAAAUUUACUUUGGAUCCCCUCAUAUUCACCGGUCAUUUUCUAAAUACGCGGAUGCUUUUACUGCCUGGGAUGUGAUAUACAGGAAUUUGCAAGAAACUCCUCCUCACAUCGGUAAAGGUACAAAAACAGGGAUAAGAUUCACCUGAAAUUGGACACCGUUGUCUUGCCAAAGGGGGGACACCAGAUUAGCAAAUAAGAUUUUGGAAGGCAUCUGGAAUCUGAGCAACAGGACUUGUGGUCUUGUGGGAAGAGUGGCGCAGUGGAGGGAAGCGUGCCAUAAAGGAAGCACCCAAUUGGGGCGUUUGCCAGCGAAAGACUGAAGCACUGAACUCAUCUGGGACCUUCGGCAGCGGGCGGUAAGAGGAGGAGGCCAUGUGGACCGCACGCCUGCUAGUCCUCGCCAGCCUCUUCGCACCAGCCGCACUGGCCUUCAGUCGAGCUCCCAUCCCCAUGGCGGUGGUGAGGAGGGAGCUGUCGUGCGAGAGCUACCCCAUCGAGCUGCGCUGCCCGGGCACCGACGUCAUCAUGAUCGAGAGCGCCAACUAUGGUCGCACCGAUGACAAGAUCUGCGAUGCCGACCCGGCACAGAUGGAGAACACGCGGUGUUACCUGCCGGAUGCAUACAAGAUCAUGUCGCAAAGAUGUAAUAACAGGACCCAGUGUGCUGUUGUGGCUGGACCUGACGUGUUUCCAGACCCAUGCCCAGGAACCUACAAAUACCUGGAGGUCCAAUAUGAAUGUGUACCUUACAAAGUGGAACAAAAAGGCUCCUCAGUAUUCCUGUGCCCAGGGCUUCUGCGCAGGGUCUACCAGAGCGAGCACCUCUUCGAGUCGGACCACCAGUCUGGAGCCUGGUGCAAAGACCCUCUACAGGCCUCCGAUAAGAUCUACUACAUGCCAUGGACACCCUACCGCACCGACACCUUGACUGAAUACUCCUCCAAAGAAGACUUCAUCGCUGGAAGGCCGACGACCACGUACAAGCUCCCGCAUCGCGUCGAUGGGACCGGCUUCGUGGUCUACGACGGAGCACUCUUCUUCAACAAGGAGCGCACUCGCAACAUCGUCAAGUUUGACCUGCGAACUCGUAUCAAGAGCGGUGAGGCUAUCAUAGCCAACGCCAACUACCAUGACACAUCUCCAUACCGCUGGGGAGGGAAGUCAGACAUCGACUUAGCCGUAGACGAAAACGGCCUUUGGGUGAUUUAUGCAACCGAGCAGAACAAUGGACGGAUUGUGAUCAGCCAACUGAACCCCUAUACGCUGCGAGUCGAGGGUACCUGGGACACGGCGUACGAUAAACGCUCUGCAUCCAAUGCCUUCAUGAUCUGUGGAAUCCUCUAUGUGGUAAAGUCAGUGUAUGAAGAUGACGACAAUGAAGCAACAGGAAACAAGAUCGACUACAUCUACAAUACAGAACUGAGUAAAGAUGGCUUUCUGGACAUCCCCUUCCCAAACUCCUAUCAGUACAUCGCUGCUGUGGAUUAUAACCCCAGGGACAAUCUCCUGUACGUUUGGAACAACUACCACGUCGUCAAGUACUCACUUGACUUUGGAGCAUUGGACAACAGACUUGAAUCGUCCUCCUCUGUAAUGGUGUACAUGGACACCACGACCACGACGACGAGGACCACCACCCGACCUACCACUGUUACCAUGACAACCACGACAAGCAGGACCACCACCACCAGGGUUCCUGCCACAACCACCGCCCUCGCCCCGUGGCCACGCACCACGACGACAGUGGCGGCUCCGGUCCAGACGCUGGUGGAGGGUUUGGUUCCGGAAGACGACUUCAGGGUGCCGCCUUCCUCCAAACUGCCCAACAUCAGGGUGGAGUACUGCAACCCCCUGGUGAUGAUGGACAUCUCCUGGCCCAAGACCAAGCAGGGCAUGUUGGCCAAGAUGCCCUGUCCACCUGGAACCAUAGGUGUGGCUUCAUAUGUGUGCAUUGGACCAGAAGGAUACUGGGACCCACAGGGACCUGAUUUCAGCAACUGUACCUCUCCAUGGGUCAACCUCAUCAGCCAGAAGCUAAAAGCCGGAGAGACGGCGGCGGUCAUCGCCCGAGAGCUGGCGGAGCAAACCAAGAGCAAUCUCCAGGCGGGGGACAUCACCUACACCGUGAAGGCCAUGGUUCAGCUGGUGGAUCUGCUGGAUGUGCAGCUGAGGAACCUCACACCAGGCGGCAAAGAUAGCGCAGCACGGAGCCUCAAUAAGCUGCAGAAGAGAGAGCGCUCGUGUCGGUUUUAUGUUCAGGCCAUGGUGGAGACCGUCAACAAUUUGCUCCAGCCUCAGGCCCAGGCAGCGUGGAGGGAGCUGAGCACCGGCGAGCAGCUGAGGGCCGCCACCAUGCUGCUGGACACGGUGGAGCAGGGCGCCUUCGUCCUGGCCGAUAACCUGCUCAAGACGGACAUCGUGCAAGAAAACACCGACAAUAUCCAGCUGGAGGUCGCCAGGAUGAGCACCGACGGGAAUCUGCCUGAUCUGAAGUUCCCGCAAACCGGAGGACAAGGGAACUCCAUCCACCUGUCAGCGAACACGCUAAAGCAGCACGGAAGAAACGGUGAAAUCCGAAUAGCGUUUGUCCUGUACAAACACAUCGGGGUCUACCUGUCGACGGAGAACGCCAGCAUGAAGCUGGGCAGCGAAGCCAUGGCUACCAAUUACUCCGUCAUUGUCAACUCUCCAGUUAUCACAGCUGCCAUCAACAAGGACUCGAACAAAGUCUACCUCUCUGACCCAGUCAUUUUCACCAUCAGACAUCUACAGCAAUCUGAGGAGAACUUCAACCCCAACUGUUCGUUCUGGAGCUACUCCAAGCGAACCAUGACGGGAUACUGGUCGACGCAGGACUGCCGCUUACUGGGAACCAACAGAACUCACACCACAUGCUCCUGCACGCAUCUCACCAACUUUGCCGUCCUCAUGGCCCACGUGGACGUCAAGAACACCGAUCCGGUCCACGACAUGCUCCUGGACGUCAUCACUUGGGUGGGCAUCCUCCUGUCGCUGGUCUGCCUCCUCAUCAGUCUCUUCACUUUCUGCUUCUUCCGCGGCCUGCAGAGCGAUCGAAACACCAUCCACAAGAACCUGUGCAUCAGCCUGUUCAUCGCCGAGUCCCUGUUUCUGGUGGGGAUCAACCGGGGCGACCAGCCGAUUGCCUGUGCCGUCUUCGCCGCCCUGCUGCAUUUCUUCUUCCUGGCGGCGUUUACCUGGAUGUUCCUGGAGGGCGUUCAGCUCUACAUCAUGCUGGUCGAGGUGUUCGAGAGUGAACAUUCGCGCCGUCGCUACUUCUACCUGGUGGGAUACGGAGUUCCAGCGCUGAUUGUGGCAGUUUCGGCUGCCGUGGACUACCGAAGCUACGGCACGGACCGAGUUUGCUGGCUUCGCUUGGACACCUACUUCAUUUGGAGCUUCAUAGGACCGGCAACCUUGAUAAUUAUGCUCAAUGUGAUCUUCCUGGGCAUCGCUCUCUACAAGAUGUUCCAUCACACUGCCAUCUUGAAACCAGACUCCGGUUGCCUGGACAACAUCAAAUCAUGGGUGAUUGGAGCCAUUGCCUUGCUGUGUCUGCUGGGCCUGACCUGGGCUUUUGGACUGAUGUAUGUGAAUGAGAGCACAGUGGUCAUGGCCUACCUCUUCACCAUCUUCAACUCCCUGCAGGGGAUGUUCAUCUUCAUCUUCCACUGUGUGCUGCAGAAGAAGGUGCGUAAGGAAUAUGGAAAAUGCCUGCGAACUCACUGCUGCAGUGGCAAAAGUGUGGACAGCUCCAUCGGCUCUGGAAAAGGCACCGCCUCUCGGGCUCCAGGACGCUAUUCCACAGGGUCACAGAGCCGCAUCCGUCGAAUGUGGAACGACACGGUCAGAAAACAGUCCGAGUCCUCUUUUAUGACCGGCGACAUCAACAGCUCAGCAUCGCUCAACAGAGGGGCUAUGGCUAACCAUCUUAUACCUAAUGCACUCCUACGUCCUCAUGGCACUAACAAUCCCUAUAAUACAUUGCUUGGGGAAUCGGCAGUCUAUAACAACCCUCUGGGCAUGUACAACGCACAAGAGCCCUACAGAGAGACAAAGGGAAUCCUGAACAAUGCCCGGGAUACAAGUGUCAUGGAUACUCUACCACUGAAUGGUAACCAUGGCAACAGCUACAGCAUCGCCAGCGCCGAGUACAUGAGUGACUGCGUCCAGAUCAUUGAUCGGGGCUACAACCACAAGGAGACUACCCUGGAAAAGAAGAUCCUGAAAGAGCUCACCUCCAACUAUAUCCCCUCUUACCUCAACAAUUCCCACGAGCGCUCGACCGAGCAGAAUCGAAACCUCAUGAACAAGCUUGUCAACAACGUGAGCAACGGCGGCAAAGAUGGCGGCUACGGGAUGGGAUUGGGGGUGGGUAUGGGCAUGAAUGUGGCGCUGAGCCUGGAUGAGCACUCCACCUUCGGCCCGCACCACGACGAAGGCUUGGGCCUUGAGUUGAUCCGUGAGGAAUCGAACGCCCCACUGCUGCCGCAACGUCCGCCGCCCUCCCUGCAGGCGGUCGACAACCUCCACAAUCACCUCCACCAGUCGGUGCCACCACCCCUCCCACUGCCCCACCACCCCUUCUCGUCCGCCACCACCUCGUCGUCGUCCCGGCGGAGGAUCCCGCAAGAGAACAGCGAGAGCUUCUUCCCCCUUCUCACCAACGAGCACACCGAGGAUGAGGGCUCGUCGCCCAGCCACAACCACCAGAGAGACUCCCUGUACACCAGCAUGCCCAUGCUGCCCGGCCUGCCCGACCCGUCCGCCGAGUCCGCCGACGGCUCCAAGGAGGGCAGCGACGCCAAAAGCCCCGAGGCCAGCUCGGACGACGUUUACUACAAGAGCAUGCCCAACCUGGGUUCUCGUAACCACCUGCACCAGCUGCACUCCUACUACCAGCUUGGACGGGGUAGCAGCGACGGUUUCAUCGUGCCCCCCAACAGAGAGGAUCUUUCUCCUGAAGAAACCCCCCAGGAGCCCCUGCACCUGGUCACCAGCCUAUAGGCCCCAACACAACCCCACCGAUAUCCCUUCUUCUCUUCCCUGUGUCCCCUUUGUUCCAUCAGUCGUUGGCAGUGGUAGCCUUUCUUUUUAUUCUGUGUCCCGAAGACUGAGGCAGAGAAAAUAACUGUACUCUUGCUGUUAUUGACCACAAACAGGAUAAUAAUCGAACGGGGGGGCCAAUAUGUGACUGUUAGACAUUACAGGAUGUUGAUGUUGUGUCCCUCUGCCUCCCCUCCGACCUCCAAACCAAAUGUGGUUUGGCAUGUUUUUUGUCUCAUUGUCAAAAGAGACAAGAAUUCCUCACACAGGAUUUUUAGGUCUCAGAGACACACUGUAGGUCUGACAGUCAAAAAGGAACUGCUUAGCCCCAAAGUCGAGACUGUCGCCAGAAUAAACGGGAAGUCAAAAAAGGACUAUUUUAUUAUACUUCUGUAUCUAUAUUGACUUUUGAAAGAUUUUCUUCCUCUUUGGUGAGUUGCAGCACAUUUUGUUUGCUGAAGUGUCCCUUCAAUGAAAGAAAAAGACAAAAAAAACAAAAAAAUACAACAACAACAACAACACAGAUACACACAUUUUGAACAAUUACCUUAAAGGAAUUAUUGAUCGUAUGCUUUCAAGCAUAGCUGUUCUUUUUUUCCUUUCAUUUUACUGUAAUAACAGUUGUUAAAAGAGGGAGAAAAAAACUAAUAAGAGAAUUAUGAGAUAUUUCUAUGUAACUGUACAGAUAACUAGCAUUGCACAUAAUAGUAUGCUUUUUUUUGUUCUGAGCAAACCCUUUGUCUCUGUAAAUGUAGUGUUUAGGAGCAAUUUUGUUCUGUUGUGCUGGCCUUUCUGGGUUUCUGGUUCCAGUCUGUUUUUCUUUUUCUCUUUUAUCACUUUCAAAGAAAUGACCAUCAAAAUAGGAACAAAAUAACACAAAAAACAUCACAAGGACUCACUUAUCAUGCAGGCAUAUUUGUGGAAUAUAUUCACCUUUAGUUUUUGGGUCUGUUUUCCUUUUCCGUUGGAUUUCUUUUUUCCUUUCCUUUAAUUUUUUUUUCCUGUGUAGAUAGCGGAGUUCUGAUUCACAGAUCGUCAAGGACAGAAAAUCACGAGGUGAAAGGUUUGCGGUGCAUUCUGCAUCUGCAUUGGCAUUCAGAAAACGCUUGUGCUUCUCAGAAAGAGAACAAAUUGAACCUUGAUGAGCACCAGGCACUUGUAUAGAAAAAGAAAGAUGGCUGUUUUACUUAUUAAAGAAAGAGCUUUUGGAGUGAGAAAAACUGGAAGUGUUUUUUUCUUUUUCUUCUUCUUCCUCAAGGAGAAAAUCUAUUUAUUUAUUUGUUAACUGAGCGGUAAUAAAAACAGAGGACGGAAGUAAGCUUAGUGGCACAAGUAAGUUUUUAUUAUCGGCUAUGAUUAUGGCUUCUUAUUUAUUCCUUUUUGUAUCAGUUUCCAGGUUGAAUGACCUCAUAACUAAUAUCUGUUGUAACAGUGAAACUUGUUUGCCAACAAAAAAAUUACUGAUUAAGAUUUAUUACAUAGCUACGAUAAAAAAAAAAAGGUUCUGGUGUUUUGUUUGGGUCUUGGAACACUUUUAUAUGGAUGACAGCUAAGGACCUGCAAAUAAUGGAACGAUCAAGUUUAUUUUUUCGUUUUUUUAUUUUAUUUUUUAUUUUUAAAUGAUCAAUUAAUAUCCCUCAUUAGCCCUCUGUCCAGUUUAGUGCCAAAUAAAUUUUGGCCCAGCAACAGUGGAUGUGCUCUGUAUGCUCUGGUCUGCUUUACAAUAGAAGCAGUGAUUUCAUAAGCUGUAAUAAAUAUUUCAAUAUCA